AUGCCAUUUUGGGUCCCCGCGAUGACGGCCUACACAAUAAGACCGAAACGCGGUCUCUCCCUCCUGGGCAUCAUUGCCGCCCUGAGCUUCAGCGUCAUAUUCGUCAUUUGGUAUGGCAUGAACUCCGAUCGCGACUACAUACAUCCGAUCUUAACACAGCUGAUCCCCGCCGGACACUGUGCCUGUGAAUCAUCCACCACAUUCCAGUGCUCAACCUGCCUGACGUGCCCCGAACCCCCCGUGCAAGAAAACACCACCCCCGCCUGGUCGUUUGAAUACGCCCGCGACGGUCGCAAUGAGGCCCUGGAUCAAAAACAAUGUCAAAGUGCCUUCCCGGGACUAUUUGAAGACAUUGCGCGUGGUGGCAAAUUCUGGUCUACGCACGGGGGCCUGUCAACAGCCGAGCUGGACACCAUCAACAUCCAACAGGGAAUGGCUCGGGCGUUCAUCUCACAAGGAGAGCUACAUGUAGUGACAGCCCGCUCAAAAGGCGAGGACCACCGACGGAAAAUCCUGGGAACGCUGAGCUCGAUCCACCGUGCGCUGGCCGCCGACCCGGAACGAGCCUCCAGACGCGAUGUCGAGUUCGUUUUCUCGGUAGAAGAUAAGGUGGACGAUGUGACCAAUCCAGAAUGGCCUGUGUGGGUGUUUUCACGCACCCCCACUGAACAAGGUGUCUGGCUCAUGCCCGACUUCAGCUUCUGGGCCUGGGACAACCCCAACAACUACAUGGGGCCGUACGACCAGGUGGUGGAUCGCAUCAAGCGUCUUGACAUUCCGUGGUCAGAUAAGAAACCCCAAUUGGUUUGGCGAGGCAAGCCUAGCUUCGCGCCAAAAUUGCGACGCGCGUUAAUUGAGGCCGCUAGAGGCAAGUCGUGGGGCGAUGUCAAGCAGGUUGAUUGGAGUACUGGGUCGAAUGUGCUCAAGAUGGAGGAUCAUUGCCAUUAUAUGUUUAUUGCGCACGUCGAAGGCCGCUCCUAUUCAGCCUCGUUAAAAUACCGACAGGCCUGCAACUCGGUCAUCGUCGCGCAUAAGCUUCAAUUCAUUCAACAUCACCACUACCUACUCAUUGCCGACGGACCGAACCAAAAUUACGUGGAAGUGGAGCGUGAUUUCAGCGAUCUAGCAGACAAGAUCGAGCCUCUGAUCAGCGACACCGAGACCGCACGCCGGAUCGCCAACAACAGUGUCACAACCUUCCGUGAGCGAUACCUGACCCCGGCCGCCGAAGCGUGCUACUGGCGAUCAUUGCUUGAUGGAUAUGCCGGUGUGUGGAACAGCACAGUCGAGCAAUGGUCUGAAAAGACGCAACGCGAACGCGGUCUCCGAUACGAGUCUUUUGUGCUCUUGGAGAGCCCGAAAAUGUUUGAAUUUGAUGCCUCUGCUACAGAAAGGUGGCAAGCUUCCUGA